AUGGUAUACGUAUCAAAGCUCGCCGGCUUUCUAGCUAGAAUUGCCUUACUUGUGAUUCCCGUGAUAUGCCAUCCUGGGGAAAUACAUGAUGCUACAGCUGUCAAGAAUGAGAUUCACGCUCGGAAUCUCGUGGCAGCUACCGGGAAGCACUUAUUGGAUGCUUGUUCCAACUCUCUUGAAGCACGUGCUCUUCAAGCACGAAGCAUUGUCCGUCGUGCGAAUACUGUCCAUGAGCUUCGUCAAAAGCGCGAUAUCACAGGAAAAGCACAAAAAUUCCGCCGCGAUCUACAGUCUCUCGAUACGUACGAAGCCAUUAACCAUAAUAUGACCGGAGUUAAGCACUACACACCGAACACACCAGAGCAUACUAUCUUCUCGGCCAACACCAGCUGCAUUUUGACUCCAAGCAUUGUAUCGGGGCCGUAUUAUGUGUGGGGUGAACAUAUACGCAAGAAUGUCGUCGAGGACAAAUGGUGUGAUGGCAUCGACUUGCAUUUAGAAGUACAGUACAUUGAUUUUAACACCUGCAAACCUGUUCCAGGUUUAUGGGUGGAUCAUUGGAGUGCUAAUGCAAGCGGUAUCUACAGCGGUAUCGAUAUAGCCGCUAAUGAAGCAGCUGAUGGCUGGAAUAGUACAUAUCUGCGAGGUGUCCAGCCGACAGAUAAAGAUGGAGUGGUUAAUUUCGACAGUAUCUUCCCUGGUCAUUAUCACGGAAGGGCAACGCAUACACAUCUUUUAGUGCACAGCAAUGUGACGGUUAACCCAAAUGGCACUCUCGAAGUGGGAACAGGCGCCAUCUCACAUGUUGGACAGCUCUUCUAUAACACAGUCCUACGAAAUGCUGUUGAAAAGACUUAUCCGUAUAACACCAAUACACAACCGGUUGUGACCAAUGAAGAAGAUAGGUUUACCCCUGGGCAGGCAGACAAUGACUAUGAUCCAUUCCCAGAGUUUUUAUACCUUGGAGAUGAUAUUACUGAUGGCCUGUUUGCCUGGAUCCAGGUUGGCAUCAAUAUGACCCAAGAUUGGACCAGCAAUAGCCCUUAUUACGUCGCUGCAGCCUGGUAUGGUGAGGAUGGUGGAGUUGAAAAUCCUGAGAGUCCGUUCAUGAAUGGGACGAUUUCACUACUUUGA